CGGCGCUCCUCCUCCGCCGCGGCCUCUGGCGCUGAGUGGCGUCAGGGUAUGGAGGCGAAGGCGGCGCCCACGCCGACCACAGACGGCGCGUGCUCGGUGUCGGCAGAGGAGACCGAAAAGUGGAUGGAAGAAGCGAUGCACAUGGCCAAAGAAGCCCUCGAAAAUACUGAAGUUCCUGUUGGCUGCCUUAUGGUCUACAACAGUGAAGUUGUGGGGAAGGGAAGAAAUGAAGUUAACCAAACCAAAAAUGCUACUCGACAUGCAGAAAUGGUGGCCAUCGAUCAGGUCCUCGAUUGGUGUCAUCGAAGUGGCAAGAGUCCGUCUGAAGUGUUUGAACACACUGUGUUGUAUGUCACUGUGGAGCCGUGCAUUAUGUGUGCAGCUGCUCUCCGCCUGAUGAAAAUCCCGCUGGUUGUAUAUGGCUGUCAGAAUGAACGAUUUGGUGGUUGUGGCUCUGUUCUAAAUAUUGCCUCUGCUGACUUACCAAAUACUGGGAGACCAUUUCAGUGCAUCCCUGGAUAUCGGGCUGAGGAAGCAGUGGAAAUGUUGAAGACCUUCUACAAACAAGAAAAUCCAAAUGCACCAAAAUCGAAAGUUCGGAAAAAGGAAUGUCAGAAAUCUUGAACUUGUUCUGAUGAAAGAACCAAGUGACCCAAAGUGAUCUGGACAAGAUUCCUAGAUCGAGAGCUAUUGACAUCGUUGAAUCACGUUUAUAUAUUGUUUUUAAUCUGUGGGAAAAUGGUGUCUCUCAUCAUUUGCUCUGUUAAGGGAACAAAUUAGCACUUUUUAGAAGCCUGACAAUUGUAAACAAUUAUUAGCUUUUCCACAAGCUGAUUCCCAUCUUAGGAUGGGGGAAAAUUAAGGUUUGAGGUUUUAGAAAUUAGCAAGUAGUACGUUCCCUUCCAGCCACAACAUUGUGCCUGGUCCAGGAAAGUGCUGACUUUUUAGAGAAUGUGUGGCCAGACCCAGGUAACCUGGCGUGUGUCUGGACUGCAAUGUGCCACCCUGAGGACACCUCCAGGACUGGCAUUUCACAUUUUUUGCAGCUACUAUGUUCUCGCAGGGCACUGGGGGCUGUGACUUCUGUAUAAAUUGUAUACGAGUUGUGUAUAUAUAGACCAUAGUUAUAUGAUCCUUAGAAAAGACUUUGCUUUUAUAAAGCAUUUAGAGAAAAUGCACACUUUUAAAACAAGUGCUUGAGUUGUCAUUUAAAAAUUGUAGCAUAUUGCUAUAAUAAAACCUUAUUUAUGUCUUCUUCGAAGAUGAAUAGUCUUAAAAGAUAUUCUCCAUAAAUGGGAGAAUGGUUAUUGAGCAAAAAAACAAAUGAUCCCGCCCUCGUAGAGCUGAUAUUCUAGCAAGGGGAGAUGGAUAUAAUAGAUUACACAGUUUAUUGGAGGACAAUAACAGUUACUGCAAAAAGCAAAAGGAACACAGGGUAAAUGGGAUAGGUGUGCCAGUUGGUGGUGAGAAUGCUGGCUGAAAAACAGAAUGGUCAAUUUAAUCUGAAACCAAAUAGUUAAUGUCUUUAAAAAUCCAUAUAAUAAAUUUAAAAGUUGAAAUCUAAAAUGUAAAACUCUGAACACAACACUGGAAAGGGUACCCACAGCAGAACUCCCCAGUUCACCUCCCUGACUGCAGGGCAGCUUUGCACAGCCGCACUGGGCGUACUGUGUGCCUCUGCCCAGAAGGGGGCCUCGCCGUUCCACCAGAAGCCCAGCUCCAGACUCUGGCGGGGCUGCUGCUCCUCUGUUGCAUUUCUUCCGUGGAUUCAUUUCCUUGAUGCAAAGCAUCUGUAUUUGGUGGUUCUGCCAUUUGAGCGAUGUCUCUGACUUGUUUGUUUGAAUUACAUUACAGGCUGGAAUGUAAUUGUGGUGAAGUAUUUUUAUAUUGCUGAGAGUAGCAGCUAAUCACAGUUACAUGCUUCAGAGAAUUUAUAAUUGCUUGGUUUUGUGUGUGUGUGUUUUUAACUGCAUUUGAGAAGUUUUAUGGAGAAGAAUAUGCAUGAUUUUAAAUCUAAAAUAAUGUUACAUGCACCUUCAAUUUCAUCCACUUUAAAAAUGAUCUUCUCAUU